GUGUUUUUAUUAGGUACGUAUUAAUGAAGUUUGAUUCAAAAGAAGUAUCUAAAAGCUUGCAAAACUUUCAUCAGGAUGGAGACCAUUUUGAAAGGAAGAAUGAUGGUGAAAAUCUUUUUCGUGAUACUGCUUCUUUUAAUUUUAAUAUCAAAUGGGACAAGUUUUGGUAGAAGGAGAUCAUCGAGCUGUCGCAAAGGAAGCGAGCAGAUUUUAAGCGAAUCAAUUGUUCAAAAUCCUUUCGCUGAUCAAAACGCAAUAGAUCAUUAUUACGACUGUGACACCACUGAAUUUGGCAUAGUGCAGAAGAUUCCGUAUUUGCGUGCCUGUUCCUCGUGCGAUGCCAUAGAAAUUAACUUCUCAUCUGCUUAUAUUAGAUGCGGAAUGUGUCUCGCCAUUGCUGACAAGAUUAACCAAACCCUCUUGGACGUUUACGAGAUGAUGACGCCGGGCGCGUGUUACAACGAUACGGAAAUCGAACUUCUUUUACGAACCAUUUGCAACAACUCCUUCGAAUAUUACAGUCUUCGAGAAGUCGAUGGAAUAAGGUUCAUCUCUGAUAGGUUACCUGGUUCCAUUUUGGUGGCCACAUCCGCGGAUGGACUUUGGGGAAAGAAAUUGAGAGACCUAUGCCACUAUUAUCUCGGCGAGAUCGGCGAGGUGCAACUUUUCGAGCAAUGGCAGGAAUGGUGCGAGGACGACGAAAAGUUUCCCAACCUGUCGAACGUCAUGUGUAGAAGCUUGGUUGGAACGUUACGAGACUGCAGAAACAUGAACGACAUAAAUAAAUACGAGUCCCCUUUCAAAACGUACAACGCCAAAGUAAAAAUCACCGGCACAUACGGAAAAUGAAAUUUUUAUAUCGUUCGAGAUAUUUGAUAGCUCUUUACAUAUUUUGUGCACCUUUAUUCCAACACAGAAACUGCAAAAUUUAUGAAGAAUUUAUUUCGUGUUUCUUAUCUUUUUUCAUGCAUAUGAAUUUACUAUAAGCAACUUGUGAUAAAUGAUAUCAAUUUCGGAAAUAUACAUUUCUACUAUUUUCAAGGUUGAGUAUUUUUUUAACAGCGGUAAUUACAGAAAUGAGUAAUUGGUCAUUACUUUAAUGACAUUCAUCGGGAUAUAAGCAGCAUAAAAAAAUGAUAAAAAAAAACAUCGUAAAAUUAGUACGCGUCCAUAUGACUUUAUACGGAUAAAUCACGUUCGCACUUCAUGUUAUCACUAAUUCUUUAUCUCCUUGGUUUAAUUAAAGACAUUCUUCCAUUCUGUUUUAAACAUAAAAGCUCCGGUGUAUCUUUAACCGUCGUCUAUUGACAAGACAAAGAGUCUUCGUGCAUGUUACGUUUUAACAGAGUACAAAGUUCGCCGUGUUUUUUUUUUGUGACAGAUCAUACGAUUAUUAUACACACGUACAUAGACCCACACCUAGUUUUUAAUACGACUAAGAUUGAUGUUAGUCACUUUUUAGUCGCUGGUAACAGAAUUUACUUAACGACGACGUAAUACAUUUUCACGGUUAAUUAGUUCACGAUUCGUUCAAAAUUGCUGGUUGUCUAGGCUAAAGUUUCAGCUCCAAAAUAAAAAAGACAAAAUACAAAUCGGAGGUCCUUCUUAUUAAAAAAAAAAAAAAAAUAAAAAAAAAAA